AUGUGGUACGAAUACUUAUAUUCCGGGGUUAUUACUGUCGGCUUUGUUGCUGCUGCUUUAUAUACAUCCCUUCCGUUUAAUUUGUGGGGUGUUGGAAGACCGUAUAGGAGGAAUUAUGACACUUCUAAGAGAGUUGAGCUUAGUCAGCGUGAUCACCGGCUUACGGGCAACCAGUACGUUAUUUCCGGCCUCCAAUCAAUCCGUGAUGACUGA